AUGAGGAGCCUGAGACUGUCGGGGUUAACCGAAGUGCAGGGUCUGGUACCACAGCUAAGCUGCAGGCCCUGCUUGGCCCAAUCCCUUCUUCAGUCAACCUAUAUACCCUCUUCCCGGAUGGCUUCCCACUCGCACUCCUCCUCGUCGACGGCAAACAUAGUUGGGAUUCACUACCGGGUGGGCAAGAAAAUCGGCGAGGGUUCAUUUGGUGUCAUCUUCGAGGGUACAAAUCUCCUCAACUCGCAGACCGUUGCCAUCAAGUUUGAGCCUCGCAAGGCCGAAGCACCGCAGCUUCGUGACGAAUGUCGGUCGUACCGUAUCCUGGCCGGAUGCACCGGCAUUCCGCAAAUCUACCACUUCGGACAAGAGGGCCUGCACAAUAUCUUAGUUAUUGACUUGCUCGGUCCCAGCUUGGAAGAUCUCUUCGACAUGUGCGGCCGAAAAUUCUCUAUCAAGACCGUUUGCAUGGCAGCUCGUCAGAUGCUCACCCGAGUGCAAACCAUCCACGAGAAGAACCUCAUCUACCGCGAUAUUAAGCCGGAUAACUUCCUCAUAGGCCGUCCAGGCACUAAGGGUGCUAAUAUCGUACAUGUUGUUGAUUUCGGCAUGGCCAAACAAUAUCGAGACCCGAAAACUAAGCAACACAUACCGUACCGAGAGCGGAAGAGCCUGAGCGGGACGGCCCGAUAUAUGAGCAUCAACACACAUCUGGGUCGAGAACAAUCCCGGAGGGACGACCUUGAAGCUCUUGGCCACGUCUUCAUGUACUUCCUGCGUGGCAGUCUACCGUGGCAAGGCCUGAAGGCAGCAACGAACAAGCAGAAGUAUGAGAAGAUCGGUGAAAAGAAGCAAACAACGCCUAUCAAAGAACUAUGCGAGGGAUUCCCUGAGGAAUUUAGUAUCUAUCUCAACUACGUUAGAAAGCUCGGUUUCGAGGAAACGCCUGACUAUGAUUUCUUGAGAGAGCUGUUUGCCAAGGUCAUGAAGAACAACAACGAUGUGGACGACGGCGUCUUUGACUGGAACGAACUGAAUGGUGGUAAAGGCUGGGAAGCUUCUCUGGGUCAAAGCCAAAUUCUGUCCCAAAUGCAGAAUGCGGGCCUUGCUGCCGAUGGGAGAGAUCGACGAAGGGAACACCGGGACACCGAACGGCGGCGUGCAUCGCAAGCAGGCAAUGUUGUACCCCCAUCACCCGCUCUCGUCCGCCAUGGUUCCAAACAGCCCGCUGCGCAAGUCAACGUGCCUGUUGGCGCUCAGCACAGAAUGAGUGCCCAACAUCCAUAUGCCAAUGCAUCCUACGGUUACGGAAGGGAAGGCGCGGAGGACCCAUACGGGAUGGGUGUGCAGCAACAACCUUAUGGCCGUGCUUCGCCCAUGGUCUCAAGUGUGGGUGCCGCACCACCAGCCAUCAGCAACGUGCGAGCGAGAGCAGGGGAUGUUGGGGUGUCGCACGGUGGUGAUUUUAACGGCCAAGAGGAUAUACAGCCGAAGAAUGGUCUAAUAAGAAUUCUUACGUGUCGUUGUGGUUGA